UUCCGGUGUUAAUUCCAAUUGCUCCCUCCUGUUCCCCCCCUGUUUAGGAAUGACAAUUAUCAUAUCACGUGCAACGCGACUGACCAAUCAGCGAGGUUCAAUGUCGAGAGCGCCUUGGUUCGAAUGAAUGUUGUGUAAAAACAGUUUGUGUUUGGAUAUUGGGAAUGAUUUGAAAGAUUUAACUUGAAAAACCUGCAGAAGAAAUGACGGAAUUUUCUUCAGUAGACUACAAAGAUGCUGUGCGAGCUGUUGUUAGGCGAAGAUUGAAAGAAAUAGGCAUUAAAGCUCCGAAAUUAAAGCUACGAAGUGACUAUAAAAUUGACCAUGGUUCAUAUGACAACCCAAAUGCUGUUUUUGGGAUUCCCCUGGACCGACUAACAACAAAGAAUAUUGGCUGUAACGAUUAUUGUCCUGUUCCCAGAUUUCUGGUUGAGGCCACAACAUGUUUGGAAAAUCAUCUUAGCAGUGAAGGCCUUUUCCGAAAAUCUGGUUCUUCUGUCCGACAGAGGCAACUCAGGAAAACUAUCGAAGAAGGUGGCACGUUUGCUGAAGCACAGCCUCAUGAUGUUGCAAGUCUUUUAAAGCAAUUCUUUCGUGAAUUACCAGAGCCACUUCUCACAAACCAACUCCAUGACCACUUUUUGAAAAGCCUGCAGCUUGGUAGCAAAAAUGAACAAACAAUGGCAAUAUUACUUCUCUGUAUCUUACUACCCAUCGAACAUCUAUACACUCUGCAGUAUUUUGUAAAAUUUAUGUCGAAAGUUGCAGAGAAAUCCGAAGAGAGUAAAAUGGGAACAGCAAACUUGGCCAUUGUUCUCACACCAAAUUUCAUGCACUCUGCUGGGAAAAAGGAUAAUGUUAAUAGCUCUGAGAAACUGUUGAAAGAACAAACAUUAGUUGUACAAAUUUUGUUGGAAAAUGCAUCAGGGAUUGGUGUUGUCUCCGAGGAUAUUCUCUGUGAAGCAAAGGACAGCAAUAUCAAUGAUGCAGGGCUAUCUUCCAGCGACGAACUUGAUGGCGAACGACUUGGUUUAAGAGGAAGGAGCCGACCCACAUCAAUUUCAGCUUUUGUCACUGGCAAGGUGAACAAGUUUCGUCAAUCAAAUCACAGAAGAUCAAAAAGUGUGAAGGCAGAGUUUUCCCGUCAAAAAAGGAAUGUAGAAGUUAACAUCAAGGCAAAAGAUGAUUGUGCAAUGUUUACCAAACAUUUGGUCAGCACAGCAGACCUGCGUGGAGUUAUGAAAGAUCAGAAGAGGAAGCCAUUAGAAAGAGAAGUUGACAAAGACCUUGCUCCCCUUAGCAAAAGGAAAAUCACCAGCAAAGAUUUACAAAGCCAAGCUCAAUGUCACGUGAUCAGCUCACCAUUCAGCGUGACUGGUUCAACACAGAUGUUCAUGACGCCGAAACGACCAAUACCCCGGACCAUGCCUCUGUCUGCGCAAGCGUCAAGCGCAAAGAAAGAUGCUUCUCACGAAACGCAACAUGUCAAGGUGGUCGAUGCCCGGAACUACGAAUCCCCGGAAGCUUUACGUCCGGGCGAAAUAACCCUGGAAUUCACAAAGCUGAUGGGUCAGACCCCGGUCGGAGAUAAGUACGUGUUUGAUUCUCCACACAGCGCGACUUUAUCAUGUGAUAUGAAAGCCAAGAGAGCUAAGAGACAAGGACGGAGUAGAGCUAACAGAAGGAAUUCUUCUGGUGCCACGCGAUGUUUUUCCUCAUCACCAAGAUCCAGAAACAAGCCAUCGAAGAAGAACACGCCCAAGGAAACGCCCUUGGCAAGGGAGGAUAGACAUGGAUCAAACGGGUCAACUACGGAUGAAAAUUGCAACCUGAUCAGCGGAGGAAACUCUUGGUUAAGAAACCCGGAAAAAAGCACCCCACGAAGAAACACCCCACCUUUGCCUCAUCUCAAAAAUAAGCCAGAAUUUCGAACAAUUUUUACCGAAAAUGUUUUCUAAUGUUCUAUUGUAAUAAAUACGAAAAUGAGGCGUUCUAGCAUAGAGAGUUCUGUUGAUAUUCUUGACGUAGGGGUAUUGCGAAUCUUGUGAAGAGAACACAAUGGAAUUAGGAGUAAAUUGAAAUUGCAAUUUCGUAGAAAUUAUAGAUGUUGCAAAUUUACGGUGCUAUUAAUUCGUAGAUGUAUUUUUAUAAUUCUUUCUAGAAAGAUUCUAGUUGUCUUUGUGUAAAAAAAAGUUGGAAUAAAUGUUUUAGUUAAAUGGUACAUUUCCAAUUAAUGUUUUACGGCGAGGUUGAUGAUAUGACUGAAAAUUGAAAAAAAUAAUGUAUAAAUCGC